UCCCCAAAUCACUAAUCCUCCGCUCGUCUUCUACUUCCCCAACAGCGAAGAGGAAAACAGAGAGAAAAGAGAAAGCAGAAGGCGGCCAUGGCGACCGCCACCGCGGAGGUUCAAACUAAGGCCGAGAACCAGAACGGAGAGCAGAAGACCAGACAUCAAGAGGUCGGCCAUAAGAGUCUUCUUAAAAGCGAUGCUCUCUAUCAGUAUAUUUUGGAGACGAGCGUCUACCCCCGUGAGCCAGAGAGCAUGAAGGAGCUCCGAGAGAUCACAGCUAAGCAUCCAUGGAAUCUGAUGACCACAUCAGCGGAUGAGGGACAAUUUCUGAGCAUGCUUUUAAAGCUGAUAAAUGCGAAGAAGACGAUGGAGAUUGGCGUAUACACAGGCUACUCUCUCCUUGCCACCGCCCUCGCUCUUCCCGACGAUGGCAAGAUUCUCGCCAUGGAUAUAAACCGGGAGAACUACGAACUCGGCCUCCCGGUGAUUGAGAAAGCCGGGGUGGCUCACAAGAUCGACUUCCGCGAAGGCCCCGCCCUCCCUGUUCUCGACGAGCUCCUUAAGGAUGAGAACAGCCACGGCUCCUUCGACUUCAUCUUCGUCGACGCCGACAAAGAUAAUUACCUCAACUACCAUAAACGCCUUAUCGACCUCGUUAAGCUCGGCGGCGUGAUCGGCUACGAUAACACGCUAUGGAAUGGUUCCGUGGCGGAGCCGGCCGACACGCCCAUGCGGAAAUAUAUCAGAUAUUACCGCGAUUUCGUGAUCGAGUUGAAUAAGGCCUUGGCCGCAGAUAAGCGCGUGGAGAUCUGUCAGCUUCCGGUCAGUGAUGGCAUUACUCUCUGCCGCCGUGUUAGCUGAACAAGUGUUUAUUGGUUGUUAUACUGUCUUUAAUUUCUUCUAUGGUGUUGACGGUGUAUUUGGAUUUCGUAUGCUUUAUUUAUCUUUGUUUAAUUGUCUUACAUGCUGUGAGAAGCACAGCGUUCUCUGUCUUUGUGAUCUCUUUCCGUUUCUCUUCGUUGUAUCCAUUAUGACUGUGUCCCCGCUUGCAGUGGAAGAGGAGAAGAAUUAAUGAGGAAAAUGGAUUCAAAGUUUAAAUUUGCAACA